UCGGUGCAUACACACGACAACAACGUGGCCCCCCAAUUCAGUCCCUAGCUCCAGCACAUACAAGAGUGAUUCUCAUCAUCUCUGCAGCUGAUCACGAAGGCGUCUUGAGACCACCCAGUGGACUGACAUGGCGUCGCCAACGCCUUCAAGUCAGAGUCCCUCAAGCGCUCAGGCUACACUAUCUCCGGCAUCCAAGUCAACCUUCCAGCCUCGUCAAGAAUUCAUCAGGGCGCCCAUCGUUCCCCACAAUUUUGGGCUUCUAAGUUUCAAUGGGAGCGAGAUAUUGCGCUUAGCCAAUUUCCCUGAUAACGUUGUCAUUGCCGUUCGGAAAGUCCUCAAGGAGGAAAUCCGGCAUUACCGCGAAAACAGCGACAUAUCCGUAGUUGAGAUAGUCCUGGCCGGGAAACCAUUUUCAGGUCGAUCCGUGCGCCAGGAGCAAAUCCUGCUGGCAAUAUUCGAUGCCAUUCUCUCCCAACAGUUCUAUCUCGUCAGUUCUAUCGAUUAUGGGCGAAUUUACCUGGAUAAACUCACAUUAACAUUUGCCCGCGCCCUGAUCCCCGCCAGCGUCCCACAACCUGAGCGCAGGGUGACAUUCGGAAUAUCUUUCAUCUCAAUGACACAGUUGCGUGUUGUGUCGCCGCCCUUGUCAUUUACGCCUGCGAUAUUGCAAGUAGUCAGGUCUUCUUGGCCCCAUGGCGUCGUCUCCGAGAAACGAGAUAGUGAGGGGACUUAUACGUUCAAAUUAAAGGGAUAUUCAUUUCUCCAACCAUCAACAUUCGACCUGGAUUCCUUGUCGAACAUUCUGGAAAUCCUGAAAGCGAUGGAUGCGCAUGGUCUUAGCCUUUUAACUUCCAUAAGCCUUGCAAAGCGUUCUCGUGUCCAGGACUUCUGGAUAUUUUCGGCUCCAGCUCCAAAACAGCAGCCCGACCCCUCGCCCGUCGAAAGGUUUAACAAGACGUCCAUUGAAAAUGAACCGGUGGACAAUAGUGAUACCCAGAGUUACUCAUUGCUCCUUGAAGAGGUCUCUAGGAAAUCUAAAUUGAGUCCGAAGCCAGAGUCAAAGAAAGGUCAUGCUCGUUCAACUUCUCAACCAAACAAUUACCCGCCACCAGCGGCGCCGGUCACGCUCGCACGAAACGCGACACUGGAUACUGCACGCCGCAAAGGGGAUAUUUCCCCCUCCCCCAAAGAUCCGCGGUAUCGAGAAUAUGCAGAACAAAAGAAUACGAGCCCUUUCCCACGAGAUCCACGCGACGAUUCUCGAAGUCGCAAUCAUGGUCCUUCGCCUUCCCCUCGCCAACAACAGAACUUACCUCCAGAGUUUCCAUCCUAUCCACCGGAUUCGCGCCCUAUGCAACCAUAUUCUGUUGAUCAUGAACCGUCCGCUCCCCAAAUUCUAUAUACCUCCCCAUCUCGCGAGCAGGUUUACCGAACAGUCCCCUCUGCAGCGUUCCACAUUCAACCCCCAUCUCCAAUGGAUGCUGAACCACCAUCUCAAUCACGCCCUCUGAAUCGAGUUAAAAGCUGGAGCACUCAGGGGGACUUUAUGCCCGAUCCGCCAGAUGAUGACGACGAUUUUAACCCAGGCCUUCUCCCUCCUGCUCUCUUCCGGGACACUCGCCUCACAGAAGAUACAUGGGUUGCUUCUAAUGAUAUAUCGUCCACACACGACAGCACCGUGGGGAAGUUGGCGCAAACGACUUGGACAAAGAAAGGACCCAUGAAAUCUACGACAACAAUCGAGCCUAUUCUUGAACGAAUGGAUGCAGAGACGGACAGUCCCGGUUUGGCAAGAUCCCCGGAAAAAAUUGAUCCUGAACUGUCUAAAGAAGAUCCUGGACAGAGGAAGAGUGAACAGGCUUCUUUGGAUUAUAUCCCGCCUCCUGUCAUGGACCUUCACCCUGAAGAUGAUGACAGCCCUAAAGAUAAGGAUAAAGAGGUUACAUCCAAUACUAGACCGCGUCGCCUCACCACCGAGGCCGCUGCCGCCGAGGUUCUCGCUAAGAGCCGGCACCGUGCAACGGCUGAAGUCCCAAUGACCAUUCGGAACAGCGAUAAUCUUAGUCCUGGCGGACCAUGGGUCAUAAUCCAUGAACCUGGGACUUUGCCCUCGGACAAGGAAGUCCCCCUUCCCCUCCCCAAAGCACCACCCAUUAAGAAGUCACCACCGUUGAAAGUAGUCCCGGCGAGAGUACGUAGUGAGAGCAUCCCGAUUCCCUCUGCUGGCGAUCAAAGCGCGUAUCCGGGGACUCCUGCCACGAAAGAGAAGACCAAGAAGUCUGUCUUCCCCUGGUCUCGAAGCAGGAAGAACUCCCGGGAGUCAAAGAUGUCGAAGAAGGAAGCUGACGAACAUCUCUCCUCACCAAAGAGCCGAUUCAAAGAAAUCGAUCCCGUGCUUUACGGAGAAGAUGAUGCAACCCGAAUGAUUGAGAACGAGGAUGUUCGAGUUUCGACGAGUUCUGAGGGUUCGAGUCCCUUACACAAAGAUCGUGCGCCCACUCCAGUUUUACCUGUCACGCCUUUACGAUCGCACCACUCCUCACGACCCAAUACGCCUGAAAACCCCGGUCCCAAUAAAUUGACUCGCCCCAGGAAAGGAUCGAGGGGAUCGAAGGGGCCCGUCGAAGUCGGUGUUCCAGAAAAACGCCUCAUCAUCGACUAGCCAAGAAUGAGCGAGAUUUGCCGCCUUUUCUUUUCCGCCUUUGCUGUAUUUUUUUUUUCUUCUCUCAAAAAUGGACUCUGGUAGACCCAACCUAAUAGGGGUAAUGCUUAACGUACGAAACUGUAAUGCCUGUUGGUUUGAUCUUGGGAUGUGUGCCGGCUGCGGUUCUUGCUUGCUCAUCGAACAUUGAUUGAUUCCAUUUGUCGGUUAGCGAAUUCUACAAAACCAUCGAACAAAAAUUGGACUAUUUGCGUGUCGGCGGAGUAUAUCGA